CUCGCUCUGGACUACUCAAACGUCUGGAGUUCUGCUAAAAUAAUUCUCCUCACAUCUACAGCUCGCGCACUCCUUUGUAGACUAGUUAGUAUUCUUUUUAUAUUGAUCUCAAGUUCUAGUUCUACGUAGGCCAACAACAGUCUUUAGAAAGUAUGAUUGGAAAAAUGAUUCAGCAGGCAAAGAAACACCCUGGACUCAUUCCCCAGUUCUUCUUCAUCGUGUUGGGGAUGGGCGGAGCCUCCCUCUACCUGGUUCGUCUCGCCCGCGGUCCGCACGUCACCUGGAACAAGAAUAAUAACCCUGAGCCCUGGAAUAAGCUGAGCCCGACCUAUCAGUACAAGUUUGUGGCCAUCGACACCGACUACAAGAACCUGAAGAAGGAGGGCCCUGACUACUGAGGCUCACCGCGGGCUGAGCCACGCCCCCCUCAGGCCACGCCCCCACAGGCCACGCCCCCUCAGGCCACGCCCAGCACGCCUCUCUCUGAACUCUGUAGCUUCUCGGUUUCUCUGCUUCUCGCGUGCGGCGGGUCUCACGGAGUGGCGGGACAGGAAGACCGAACGAAGGUUCGGAUCAGACCCCCGCUGCCGAACCCUGAGCACCCUUUUCAAAGCUCUGUGUCACCUGAGCACCACACAGGUGAGCUCUCACCUGGCCAGAGUCCGCUCAGCCCAAACCCCCCAAAUAAAAACAAGUGGAAAGGCCAUAUUAACUGGAGAUCAGCUAAAGGAGUCAGGCUGGGGAGUACUGUGGGAUUGUGCAUCGUUAUACGUAAGUGUUAGAGGCACUUGAUAGAGACAGAUUUUAAUGGCGAAACUAUAAGAAUGUGCAGGUGUCUCUGUGCAGGUGGCUGAACAGGUGAGCUUUCCUGCCUCAGUAACAGCACACACACACGCACACACACA